CAUGUACUAUGUAAUGUAGAUGAAGUAGGUACUUUCCCGAGGUCCCCAUUCUUCAAUGAAAGUACAACUUUGUACACUUUUGACCCUGGAAUUGGCGUUACAUCAUAAAAACUAUAUACCGUUGUAAACUCGCCGAAAUGAGAAGGACCCUCUUCUAGAAUGAACUUAUGAGCUCCAUUGCUUGGUACCCAUCUAGUCUCCUAUCGUCAUGGUUGGUGUUGUAUUUGCAAUUGUUCCGGCCCAUCAUGGUUCGGCAUGCCAGGGGAGGAGGAAAAAAUAAUGGAUCCAUGGGGUGGAUUUGGUUGGGGAGAAUUGAGAAAAAUUUUGAUGCCUUCAAGUCUAUCUUGAACGUGUCUUCUAUGUGUUGAAGGUUCGAGGGCUCACGAACGUUCAUUGAGAUGGGAAAAGAAUCUGUUUCGAAUCCCACAAUGGGCGUGGCGUCUCGUAACGAUGAAUCGAGCGCUGACGGAAGUGAAAACAGCUCAGCCAUUCGGAGAGUAGCAUCGAUGGCGUCACAUGUUUCUCGGGGUCUCUUUCGAUAUUUCCGCCUCCUGACGUAUGCCGAACCGGGAAAAAUAGAUAUCGCACUGUUAAUCGUCGGUACCAUCGCAGCAAUCGCAGCUGGAAUACCAUUCCCGCUUCUUGGAAUCUUAUUCGGUCAAUUAGUCGACGACUUAGACUCGGCAACAUGUGCGGUUCAGGAUGCGACUCCGUCCAGCGAAUAUCAGGAUGCUGUCAAUCAGAAGGUCCUGCUAGUUAUGGCUUGCGCUCUGGCGCAAUUCGCGCUCAUUUACGUCCAUACUGUAUGCUGGAACCUUUUCGGUGAUAGACUCGCCCAUCGAUUGCGAGAACGUUAUUUCCGCUCCUUACUCCGCCAGGAGGUGUCAUUUUUCGAUAAGCUACCCGCCGGAGAAGUAUCCUCACGUCUGAGCGCCGACAUCAACAUAAUAAAAAGCGGCACAUCGGAAAAAGUAGGCGUGUAUGUAGGCUCGCUCGCUAUGUUUAUCACCUCCUAUAUUAUCGCAUUCAUUAAAGAUGCGAGGCUUGCGGGCAUAUUAGUCUCACUGGUUCCUGCAUUCAUGUUAAUGUCUCUCGUGGGCGGCCACUUCGUUGGGAAAUUCUCUGGCCUAGCAUCCAAAUACAUUGCCGAUGCAUCAUCCAUCGCCUUGGAAAGUCUGUCGAACGUUAUGGUAGUACAUGCAUUUCGCGCGAAUGAUAGGCUCGAGGAAAAGUUCGCCGGAAAACUCAUUGCGGCAAAGGGCCAAGCGGUGAAAAAAGCUAUCACGACAGCUAUUCAAUCGGGUUUGCUCUACUUCAUAGCUUUCUCAGCGAGUGGAUUAGCAUACUGGCAAGGAAGCCGGACAAUUGCCGACGUUAUUGGAGGCCGAGCAGAAGGAGUAACGAUUGGUUCAACAUACACAAUUAUUUUCUUAUUAGUCGACGCUUCUCUCGUGAUCAGUCAAAUUUCACCGUACUUGCAAAUUUUCGGCUCAGCCACGGCAGCCUUAGAGAAACUCGAAACAGACAUGAACCGUCGUUCCAAAAUUGACGGCACGCUUCCUUCCGAGGGCGGUGAUUCCGAAUUCUUCUCUGGAGAUGUUCAACUCGAUAAUGUGGACUUCACCUACCCAUCACGACCAGACGUUCCCGUGAUUCAAGGGGUUACACUUCACUUACCCGCGGGCCAGCAUACCGCGAUCGUUGGUCUAUCUGGAAGUGGAAAAUCAACGAUCGCUGGUUUGCUCACCCGACUGUAUGAUCCGGAUCAAGGUACCAUAAGCGUUGAUGGUCGGGAUGUUCGCGACUUCAAUGUGCGUCAGCUACGAAGCUUUGUCGGGCUUGUCCAACAAGACCCCUUGCUUUUGGAUAGAUCGGUGCUGGAAAAUAUAGCCCUUGGAUUAGUAAACUCUCCGCGUCCUGAACACACACCCCUCCAACCUAUCCUUUUCAGCAACCAGUUAUCUCUAAUAGCGGAAGCUGUAAGACGUGGACAAGAUCUGGUAACUGCAGCAGAGCAAUACGGUACCGCAGCGGUCGAGAUUGUGAAGAUGGUCCAACGAGCGGCGGGUCUUGCUGAUGCUGAGGUAUUCUUGAAGACUUUGGAAUUCGGACUCGGUACAAUUGUUGGACCUAACGGCGACUUACUCAGUGGAGGACAGAAGCAACGAGUGGCGCUAGCAAGGGCUCUAGUGAAAGACCCUAAAGUUCUCAUAUUGGAUGAGGCAACUUCAUCUCUUGACUCAGCUAGUGAGCAACGAAUUCAAGGAGCCAUCGAGAAGGUAUCUUUGGGAAGAACGGUUAUUUCAAUUGCACAUCGCCUGGCAACCGUGAAGAACGCUGAUAAUAUCGUGGUUAUGCGUAAUGGAAAGGUUAUUGAGCAAGGUCGCCACGUAGAUUUGAUCGCGAAGGACGGCGAUUAUGCUGCCCUCGUCCGACUGCAGAACGUGGGGUCAGAGACCUCAAGUAUGAGUACCGCGAAGGAUAGCACCGCAAAGGAUGCUGAAUACUCCGAAAUCGAUUUGGAGAGAGUAACCCAGGCUCUCACACCCAACGACGAGAAAGCUUGCGAAGCGGGAGCUAUCGAAGUUCAGAAGGAAGUGGAAAAGGAGGCGGAAUCUUCCGAUCGCUCCAGACCGACAUGGGCUACAAUCAAGAGCCUAGCCGCUAUAACUCGACCUUACUUGUUUUGGUUCUUUGUUGCUGCCAUCGCUUCCGUGGUUGUUGGCGGAACCUACUCCGGAUCAGCGUUGAUUUUCGGCCACACUAUUGGUGCUUUGAGUCCUUGUAACACCGAGGACGCUAUUAGAGCAGCCGGUAGCUUCUUCGGCCUCAUGUUCUUCGUGCUUGCCAUUGCGGAAUUAUUUGCCAAUGGGGUGAGCUGGUCAGGAUUUGGCUGGGUUGCGCAAAAGGUUCUAUACACCAUUAGAGUACUUUCGUUCCGGUCGCUGCUUGAGCAGGACCUACAAUGGCACCAAUCCGAGGGUCGUACCCCAUCGACAUUGUUGUCGUAUAUAACGAGUGACUCGUCCGCAGUGGAGGGUCUAACAGGUUCCAUAAUAGGGACUAUCUUCUCCAUCUGCGUCAAUUUUGUUGUCGCACUCGUGCUGUCACUCAUUAUCGCCUGGAAAAUCGCCGUCGUCUGUCUCGCCACGGUACCGCUUAUGCUUGGAUCAGGUAUAAUGCAAAUGCGCAUCAUCUCCCGCUUUUCAGAGCGCCAUGAAAAUGCGUUUUCGAAAUCAGUAGGUAUAACAGUUGAAGCGGUGAAUUCGAUCAAGACAGUAGCUGCGUUAUCGCUAGAGCAGGAAGUGCUCGAGGCGUAUCGUCGUUCGCUCUCUGCCCCUCGGAAGGAGAUGACGCGUUCGAGUCUGUGGGCCAAUCUAUUCCUCUCAAUCACCUACAGUAUUUCGAACCUCAUUUAUGCUUUUAUUUAUUGGUGGGGAGCGAAGCAGAUUAUCGAAAGCCACUACACGCAGGUCCAAUUCUUUAUCGUGUUGAUUGCGCUUCUAGUCAGCGCGCAACUUUGGGGUCAACUCUUCACACUCGCACCUGAGAUGACGAGGGCGGGUAGAGCAGUCGGGAGAAUCUUCGACCUCAUUGAUUUGGGAUCUUCCAAAAACCGAUUGACAAACAAAUCAGGUCCUAAUGACCCGGAAGCGACCGUCGAAUCUAAGAAAGCGGGGACAUCGAGUAGCCAUGGUCUUGCUGUGAGCUUCAAACAAGUGAGAUUUUCGUACCCCGCGCGACCGGGUCGACAGGUUCUAAAGGGAUUGGAUAUCGAAAUUCGACCAGGUCAAUUUUGCGCCCUCGUGGGUCCAAGCGGUGCUGGUAAAUCGACGGUUAUUUCGCUGCUAGAACGAAUGUACAGCGUGGAGUCGGGAGCUAUCGAAGUUGAUGGGUUCAACAUUUCUGCCAAGAAAGAGCCUAUUUUUCGGGAUGAUAUUGGUCUAGUACCACAGGACAGCGUACUUUUCGACGGUAGCAUUCGUUUCAACGUCGCUCUCGGAGCUCGUCCGGGUAUAGAACCAUCAGAUGCCGAAAUUGAGGAGGCGUGCAAACUAGCCAACAUCCACAACACCAUCGUAGCUCUGCCCGAUGGUUACAACACCCAGUGUGGACCGAGUGGGGGACAACUCUCGGGCGGGCAGAAGCAACGGCUCUCCAUCGCGAGGGCAUUAGUUCGUAAGCCACGUCUAUUGCUUCUAGAUGAGUCGACUAGUGCGUUAGAUGCAGAAUCGGAAAGAUUACUCCAGGAUGGAUUGGAGCAAGCGACGCGGGGUAUAACAGUCGUGGCCAUCGCACACCGACUGCAUACAAUUCGACGCGCGGACGUGAUCUUCAUGAUUGAGGAUGGUCGAUGUGUGGAGAGAGGAUCACAUGAAGAAUUAUUAACUCGUUGCGAAAGCUAUCGUGUAAAUGUUCUGCAUCAGACCUUGGAUCAUUAAGGGUAGGCCUGGACCUAUCUUUUUAUGAUAACAAGACAUUAUAUAAUAUUGCGUUGUUAAAGCGCUUAGGAAUAAUAGAAUAGGAUACGUAUAUACUCAUAGACUAGGUAAAAGUAAUAAUCAAGCCUAAAUGAAGUAACAUUGUUGGAAUUAUCACGAGAAGGUGGUAAGGUUUGCGACCAUCGUCUCGUUGUUUUCCUGUGAAACGUCGUUUAGGUACCUAUCUCGGAGAGCGGAGAUGUCUACUCCGAGAUGGAAGUUAUAUCCGACGACCGAGCAGCUACGGAAAUUAUGAGAUGCGUCACCGAACUCUACCUACAUUUAUGAGACAUCUACAUGUUAACUCCAAAAUCUUCAAUGUUGAAACUCAGCCUGCAUUUAUUUGAAAAGAUACAUGUAUCUAAUAAAUAUUCGGCUUCAUCGUAUCUCGAGUAACCCAUCCUAAUAUUGGCCUUCCUUCACUAAAGAUCUAUUUCUUCAGAUGCUGUUAUUUCCGGGGUACAUUCCUUUAACUUUAACUUGCUUUUUAAGUUUCACAACCCCUCCAAAAAUCUCUUCUCGUAACGAUGACAUAACCGUUGUGUAACAAUAACCCGAUCCUUCCUAAU